CAUCAAAUUCAUUCAUACUCACUGCUUUUCUACAAACAUCUAUGCACAAUUUUGGACAAUGGAUUACCAAAUUGUGCCAAAAACCCACAACCAUUUUAUGCUGGUUAUUAGUUUAUUAUUAAUAUUAUCUUUAUUGCCUUGUUGUUUGUGUAUAGUGAAUCGUGAUUUAGUUUUAACUCCUAAACAAGGUCUACAAUUAAGUGGCAAACGUAUAUUUUAUGAGGAAAGCUUCAACAGCGACAGUAACAGUAAUAAUGCCUUACAUCAUAACGAUUCUGAGGCGGCGGCGGCGUUGGUGGGCACACGACCCUGGGAACGUACCCUAAAACAUGUUACAUAUUUAACACUCUUUACAAAUGCUGCAAAUGGCAUUAUCACGGGAAACUUUAGCAAAGUAAAAGAAUACAAUGAAUUCUUAUCAUCCGUCUACAUGCACUCCCCCAAACCCAUCGAUUCACGUUUUGGAGAUAUUGUUACCCUAGCUCAAGGACGCCUUGAGACCAUGUCAAAUGGUUCGUAUCGUUUUGUAGAGGGCAAUUGUGAUUAUGAAUGUGCUCGCGAUAGCAAUUUAAUUGCCAUGUGGCAUGUACAAAAGAUACGGCAUCGUGAUACAGCCGAUCGUAAAUAUCAUUAUGAAAUGAAGUUCAGUGUAAGUCCUAUGACUACGAAAGUACCCACAGAGACAGUAGUACGUGGAGGACCCAACAAACGUACCAUAAUGGAAGAACGUCGAAAUAAUGUGCAGACAUUUAUACAAAAAGAAGAUGAUUAUCCAAAUAGUUUUAGAAAAAUCGUAUCGGAUAAAGAUGAGGAUUUUUCGGACAGACGCUAUGAGGCGGCCAGAAACUUUCGUCAAGUCAGUAACCAUUAUCCAACACAACAGGUCACACCCAUACCACAGAGUACAUUUUUGAGAGGAGUUUAUCAUCGUCCACCACCGCCACAUAUGCAACAACUACAACAUCCCCAUUUGCAGAAUAAGCAAUCUGUACAUGCUGCUCCUCAACUGCAGCAUCUCCAUCACCAUCCUCAACAGCAUUUACCCGUGCCAGAACGUUUAAAUAUUGGUGAAUUUUAUAAGGGAAACUAUGUGCCGAAAUCAACAUCUAAAAUGGAAUUAUUUCCCAAUUUGUUAAAUAUGUUUAUGGGAAAACCACAACAUCCUCUGCCACCUCCCACCACAUUUCGUCCACCUACCUAUCAAAUGAAAUUCCCCAGACCAGAAAUUUACACAUUACAACAGCAUCCAUCACAAGAAUUUCCCAAAUUUUCCGAAUAUCAUCAUCAACCUCCUCCGCCUACUCCUCCUCAAUCACAUUCACAAGAGCAAUACACCCAAAGGACUCCUACUGCCGUGCCAGUGGUAACACAUCAUUAUCAUCAUCAUUAUUUUAUGCCAAACAAUAGUGCGAUCUCAAUUGAACAGGCGUUUCAACAUAGCGGCGAACAGAAUCAAGAACAACCCGUUGAACUUUAUCACAAUGAAGUGACAGAAGUUACUGCACCUCAGGGCUACAUAACGAAUGUAUAUGAAGAUCCACAUGCAACCACGACAUUGAGACAACAUCAUCUUCCUCAACAACAACCACUACAACAUCAACAGCAAACUCAAAAUCAGUAUCAUGCUAACAUUCAGCACCAGAAUUAUCAUCAAAAUUAUCAACAUGCUAAUUAUCAUUUCCAACAAGUCGUACCACCAGCACCCCAGAAAUUUGUCUUCCCCAACACCCAGAUAGAAGAACAACGUGUGGUGCUCGUCACACCAGCACCACCUUUAAGAAAACCACAAUAUCAACAUCAACAACAACAACAGCAACAUCAACUACAUUAUGAGAAUCGUCCCUUUCCCGCUUCUUUAGAGUACACGACAGUUCAUGUACCUUUGUUGAUUUCAUAUCCAGCACCAACGAAUAAUGAGGAAAGAGUUGAUGUGCCUACACCUCGCAAUAAACCAUUUUUACAAAGUGAUCCUAUGGAUGACACCAUACAUUAUUCCGAACCAGAUCCACUAUACGCCCACGUCAAUGAGGCGCAAAAUGGGGAGGAAAAUAGAUUUAUUACGAAUGUAGAACACACUCAACAGGAGGGUAAUCAAGAACCACAAUUGGAAUCGCCCGAGCAUUUUGAUCAACCUCGAAACAAUCAACCACAUCAAAAUGACGAUGAAAAUGACAACAAAAAAGAACACAGUGAAUCAAUAGAAGCUCAAUUGCCAGCACCCAAUGAAAAUCCAACAAAGACCGAAGAAUUUGUAACUGCAGUAGAAAUGAUCACACAAACAAACGCAAAUAUACCCGAACAAAAUACCAGCCAAUCAACCACCACAAUUCAAAUAGAAAAGGAAAAACCUACUGAAAAGUCUAUAAAAACAGAGGCCUCCAAUUCAAUUGUAAGUGCCACAAAAAGGCCCAAACUAUUUCCUUUGCGCAGCAAACGAAUAAGUCUCAAAACAGGAACUACAACAUCCACUUCAACUUCCACAACAACUGAAGCCACAAAAACUUCCUCAUCCACAACUAAAAAUAUAGAAACCAUUACACCCUCAACUACUCCCAAACCCCGAAAAAUGUUUGUUUCCACAUCGUCUACAGAAUCUCCUUUAAGGACCAUAAGUCGUUAUCGUAAUUCUUAUACUCGAUCAAGUUCAACCAGCACUACCACAACUGAGAAACCAGUGUUGAAGUGGACACCAAAACGCAAACCCAUCAAUAAUAAAUUCAUGUUUAUAAGAAGUUCAACUACGCCGGCAGUAAGUGAAAAUAAAAUAGAAACAGAUGAAAGUGAUGAGAGCGAUGAAAAUGUUGAUAAUAACGAAGAAACUGACAAUAAUGAAGACAUUAAAACCAAUGAAAGUAAUAAUCUGAGAAUAACAAAACCAUCUAUUAUGAUAGCUACAACAACAGCUGAACUAGUUUCCCCAACAACAACAACAGAAAUGUCAAAUGCUAUUACCAUUGGCACUAGUAGUACCAUAUCAACAUUAGCAUCGUCAUCAUUAUCAUCAACAUCUUCACCAUUACUAGCGCAAACAUCUCAAACUGAAACAGAAAUUUAUGAAGUUUUAACCCAAAAAUCGGUUAGCAAAUCUGUCAGCUUAAAAGUGGGCAAUAAUGGUGAAGAAAUUCCUGUAAUUAUAGACGAUCAGGAAAAUGAAGUUAAAACUUGA